GGUCUACUACUCUACUCACUGUUUGCUGAACAUUUGCUGAUGUAAAUUCAGUAGAACAGUGAUUAUAAGCUCUUUGGCAUUCUGUAUUUGUUUUUCAACAUUCAGCCGAAAUGUGAGCACCAAGAAUUAUAGAAUAUUCCUUUCAGAUAUGUUAAGGCAAUCUUUAAAAUUCAGAAAGACAAUAACCAUAAUAUGUAUCUUGUCUUUACUGUUUUUACUAUUUCUAAUUCUUACGAAAGAUAAAUAUGAAGAAGGGACACGCAAAGAUAACCAAAGACUAAUUGUCAAUUCACCAGAAAUAACUUAUGCCCAGAUAAAAAAAAUACCAGUUAGAUUUGAGAAUACAAACAUGGAGAAUCCAAAACCAAUACAAUCUAAUGAGGCAGAGGACAGUACAAAGCGUCAACUGCAGGAAGCGCAGGCUAGAAUAGAACAAUUAGAGAAGAAAAUUGCUAUAUUAGAGGGAAGGGUACCACAAAAAUAUCCUGAAGUAAAAUACUUGGGUUACAAAGAGAGAAGGCGCAUUUUGGUAACAGGUGGAGCUGGUUUUGUAGGGUCCCACCUAGUAGAUAUUCUUAUGAUGCAAGGCCAUGAAGUAAUAGUUGUUGACAAUUUUUUUACUGGUCGCAAGCGCAAUGUUGAGCAUUGGUUUGGCCAUCGCAACUUUGAAAUGAUUCACCAUGACAUAAUCAACCCGCUGUAUGUGGAGGCUGAUGAAAUAUACCACUUAGCUAGUCCUGCCAGUCCACCUCACUAUAUGCAAAAUCCUGUGAAGACAAUUAAAACGAAUACAUUAGGGACUAUUAAUAUGUUAGGGCUAGCACGCAGAGUUGGAGCAAAAAUUUUAAUAGCUAGUACUUCUGAAGUAUAUGGUGAUCCAAUGGUUCAUCCUCAACCAGAGUCAUAUUGGGGCCAUGUCAAUCCAAUAGGGCCAAGAGCGUGUUACGAUGAAGGCAAAAGGGUUGCAGAAACAUUAGCUUAUUCGUAUGCAAAACAGGAAAAUGUAUCCGUCAGAGUUGCCAGAAUCUUUAACACCUAUGGACCAAGAAUGCAUGUGUCAGAUGGGCGUGUGGUGUCUAAUUUUAUCAUGCAAGCACUACAAAACUUAACUAUCACAGUAUAUGGCAAUGGAAAGCAAACCAGAUCAUUUUGCUAUGUCUCAGAUCUUGUAAAUGGUCUACUGUCACUAAUGGCAUCGAGUUAUACUCUGCCUGUUAAUAUAGGAAAUCCAGUGGAGCAUACAAUAGAAGAAUUUGCUAUGAUCAUAAAGAACAUAGUGCCCGGGUGCCGUAGCACAGUGUCAACAGGCGCGGCUGUGGAGGACGACCCGCAGCGACGGCGACCUGACAUUACCCUCGCUGAAAUGCAGCUUCAUUGGUCUCCUAAGGUUUCCCUAGAGGAAGGAUUACAGAGAACAAUCGACUAUUUUAGAGAAGAAUUGUCGAGAACAACUUUUUAUAACAAUCAAACAUAUAUGGACACUAAAAUUAAAGGUUCUCAUUAAGACAUACAUUAAGUAUAUGGAAUGGAUUUAGUUAUGGAUUUUUGUAAAUGUGAUAUUAAACUAUUGACUGUACAAUGUUUCACAUGUUGUGUUUUUUUAAUUAUUCAAUAAAAUAAAAUAUCAUAUGGUU